CCUGAUCUCAUCCCACGCAUCGCAACAAACAACAUCAAACUGUUGCCAGAGCUCUCGCCAGACUCUCUGUCUGCACCUGAUUCAUCGUUCGCACCUCGUAAAACUAACUCCAGCCAGCAAUUUCCCAGCCGCCACGAUGAUGCCAAGUUGGUCGAGCGCCCAGCACCCGCCGGGCGUCGUCCCUCAGCACCCUCCUCCAGCGUCUUAUGCCUAUCCACCUAACCCUGCUUUCAUUCCAGUACAAGUACGACAAGGCUUUGGCCAAUACACCACUCCUCCGCCACCACCCGCAUAUAACAUGUACGCGUCAAAUGCCGCUCAGGCUCAAGCCUCUGCUCCCGGGACUACAACAAAUGCAUCUCCAGCACCCGUAGAACAGCCCAAAGGAGGCAAGACCGAAUGGCCGGAAUCAGUCCGUCGAUAUGUCCAGCGGUCUUUCCAUCCUGAGAACGAGGAUGCCUCCGUCUCCCGUGCGGAACUUGAAGCGAAAUUAAAAGACACCAUCGGCAGCGCCAAAGAAAACAACUCGCUCUACACCAUUGAUUGGGACAGCAUGCCCUUGCCCCAAGCUUUGGUGAGAGCUGACCGUGAUGCCCAGCUGAAGUUGCACCAUCACGCUGCCUCGUUGUCCUUGACAACGCCAGUAUAUACCGACGACACGUUCAACCCUAGAAAGCGAAAGUCCAAUGACUUUGCAAAUAAUGAUACGUCCACGCCACCAUGGCACUCUACUAACUCAGGCCGAUCCCUCGAGGAUCGCAUUUCGUAUUCCCCCGACAAGCGGGCGUCCCUCGAUGACCCCAAGUCUAGUAAGUUCCAAAAAGAAGCCAACAAGCGCAAACGCCGAUUCGAGAAUGAGUACAAGGCGGCCAAUAUCUCGUCGCCCAGCCCAACUCCACCGACUGGUCCUAUCGUCGGCACCUCUGAAGUUCUUGAAAAGAAGUAUCUCCGCCUCACUGCCCCCCCUGUAGCGUCCAACGUGCGGCCUGAGAGAGUUCUCCGUCAAACGUUGGAUUUGCUGAAGAAGAAGUGGAGAAAGGAGAGCAACUAUUCCUACAUUUGCGACCAGUUCAAGUCGAUGCGCCAGGAUCUCACGGUUCAGCGCAUCAAGAACGACUUUACUGUUUCCGUCUAUGAGAUCCACGCCCGGAUUGCCUUGGAGAAGGGGGAUAUUGGUGAGUAUAAUCAGUGCCAGACCCAGUUGCGGUCACUGUAUGCAAUGGGCCUGAAGGGAAACCCCAUUGAAUUUAAGGCGUAUCGUAUCCUCUAUUUCAUCCACACUGCCAAUCGAACCGGCCUGAACGACACCCUGGCAGAUCUAACCGCAGCGGAGAAGGAAGAGAAGCCGAUCAAGCAUGCUCUCGACGUACGGUCGACGCUGGCAUUGGGCAACUAUCACAAGUUCUUCCAGCUGUAUCUUGACACACCCAACAUGGGUGCAUAUCUCAUGGAUAUGUUUGUCACGAGGGAGCGCCUUGCAGCUCUGUGCAACAUCUGCAGAGGAUAUAAACCUGACGUCAAGCUGCGCUUCAUCACUGAGGAGCUCGGUUUCGAAUCCGAUGCUGAUGCUGCCCAGUUCAUCAUUGAUUACCAGGGGCAACACCUUCUUGAAGAUCGCACAGAGUACAUUGCGUUCCUGACUGGCAAGGCCGGGAGCCUUUUUGAGAGCGCCAGAUCCUCAGCUUUCCAGAAAGUGGACAUUAAAGGCCAGAUCUAACUUGGUGAUGUUGCUCUCUGCCACGUCGCACCAAGUACCUUUUUCUCUCUCUCCCACACACCUUGCAUGUGGCUCGAAGCCACCAACUUUUAUUUUUUUAUUAAAAGGACCAGCCUGCCUUGACAUCUAACGACAGUACUUUGCCGACCUCGGACGAGGCUAAAAGCAUUCUUCUUUUUUGUUCUUCUUUUUUUUGGAUCUCGUCUGUAAAAAGCCACUUUCGGAUCACGAGUGAUUUCGUCAUCCCACGCCAGACACGAUUCCGUAUCGGAUAGUACUGUUACUCUCUGAUACCUCAAGAGAUGAAGCAAACUUCAGGCAUUCACCUUGAUACGGUACUCUCUUGAGCGAUUUACUACUCUAACUUGAUACACCAGAUCUCUGCUUGUGUUGCAAAGCAGGAUAUCACUUGAUUCAUAGUAGCAACUCCAAAGCGGACUUGGAUGUUGAGAUGGAUUUGGACGAUGUGCGACGCGAUGUUUUGGGCCAAGUUUCUCUUUUGAUAGAGCAAUUCCGACAUUCUCUCUUUCACGAUUUCACAAGGUCAUGAUCAUAUGGAAGCUGUGGAAGGGUGCCGGAAUUUUGGCGUUGGUAAUAAUUUUUUCGCAUGGCCAGCAACGAGUUUGUCAACUUGGGUUAUGACAGCUUGCAUGAGGCACUUUUCGACUUUUACUGUACAUAUUUACAUAGUCGAAGCAGCAUCAAUUGAUUAGAUUUGAGAUUUCCAGC